GUUCUCCCAGACAUAGACACAUGUAGGGAAUAUAGGAUUGUGUUUUUCAAGUGGAGUCUUAUUAAGCUGAGCAUCUUUUUCUACAUUCAUCUAUUAAUUAACCGUACACCUAUAAGUCCUGGGAAGAAUGUCAUGUAUCCACCACUCUUUCAUAACAACAAAGACUGAUCAUUUCAAUCAUGUUGUCCAGUUCAUGAGUGGUGUGUAUUUCUUCUUCUUCUUUUGGGUACUCCAUAAAUGAUUACCUCACGCCAUAAAUUGGGUUCACAUUUGAACCCUGAAGCCAGAAGCAGUCGUUACCAUUUCCAUCGAUGAAACGUCCGACACCAAUCGCCCCAGGCUCAUGCGCUCCCCAUUCUCGUUGGUCACGGUUCCUGGCUUCGCGCCACUCUCCCUUGCCGUACCGCUGCUUCCAGGGCGCAGCUCUGAAUCUCAUUGCCUUUCUUGAACUCUGGUUAGACACCAACAAGGUAGUGAACAAUUUCUGGUUCAGCCGCGCACACAGCGUGGGUACUACACAUUCAAUGUAUGCCUGUGCCGAAGGUAGCGAGGAUCCUUACUGUGGGCUUCUGAGACCAUUUCAUGACCCACUUUAGAUUGGAAUCUAGUUCUUCGUCUUGUAGACAUGCCCCGGCUUCAAGGAGGAGCUCCACAAUGUCUUAAGUCAUGCAUCGGCCUCGCCAGGGCUUUCUCCAGGGGAGUGAAGGGUUUACCGACUUGUGGAUCAACACCUGCACAUAGCAGGGUGCGAAUUGUAUCAUUUAGCUUCUUUGAAUGGUGAAAUGGAUCAAUACAUGAACUGAGUGAGGGCAACAAGAGAGCAGAGUUCAAUUGUAGAGGCCGCAUUCGCAGAGCUUGGAAACAGAUCCUCCAGCAUCGAUUAGAAGUUGGAGAACGGCAGCCUCAUGUGUCUCUGCCACACUGAAGACUGGAGACUCCAUCAUGGAGUUGGAUGGGGUUAUUUCCGCUCCAUGUUCAGUAAGGAGACGUGCCACUUUCACACUCCCAAAGUGGGCAGCGACCCUCAGGGCCGUGCAUGUCAAAGUAUCCUCUUGCAAAAUAGGGACUCCAUUAUAUAGAGCAAUUUUUGCCAGCCUUACACAGUCAUGAUGCACUGCCAAAUGCAAGACAGACGAACGUAGGCAAGAAUGUGGAGGCCGGGAACUACAAUGGUAUAAAUACCCCUUUACCAGCGAAAUCUAGGCAGUAGCCCGACGAAAACAAUCUCGAUCUAACACAUUUUGCAAGUCUCAUGAGGUGUACAUGAGAGUGAUAAAAUCCCGCCCAUCAAGAAAUCUUGCGAUGUUAAGUGUCACAAAAUAUAUCUCAUCAGCAAAAUCCACAGGGCCUCAAAGCAUCAUCAGGGAGGAAACAGCCACCAGCUGAAGACAUGUUUGGAUUCAAUCAUGACAGUCAAGGAACCUUUGGAGCCUUUUGUUAAUCAUACCAGAGAGGUAUGUGGUGCAGCACAUGGACUCACUUCACACUCAUUGGAUCUAGCAAGAAGAAAACUUAUAUAGCUGUCAGUUCCAUGCUUUAUUUUUUUUUCCCCUGGACUAUGCAGGAGUAGCCCUUUGAAUAAAAGUUGCUGCUGAACAGCUUUUACGAGAUUGAUGCCAUCACCAACCUGUCUGGUUCUAGCAGACUGUGCUUGAUCUUUAUCCCGCCUGAGUGUUGGAUGGAGACACAAAGCGCCUCUCCUCACCCGGGCGAUAAAGACUGUUAAACAUCCUUGCUCCAGACGGACCACUAGGUAGAUCGAGAUCGGUCAGAAAGUCGACUAUUUACUCCAGACUAUUUUGGCAGAUUCAACACUUAACCGUGAGCCAGGCUAUUUGCGCCCGGCUAAAAUUUACAACGCUCUCUGACGAAGGGAUUUUACCGCCGCCACACCAAAAGGAUCAACCCUUCUGCUGGGGGCGACCCUCUUGAGUAUUUAUUAUUGCAUGCGCAUGUAUGUCUGACAAAAUGAUAUCCAUCGACCAUCUCUCUGAACGAUGUAAAUAUCAUGUUAUUUAUUUAUAACAGUCUCAGCCGCAGAUAUUCGGCGAUCAGAGGAGUCAGCCCGACAAGCACCAGUUCUCUACAUUACUAUAGUCUGUUGCCUUUUUAUUCUGGUCAACGGUGAAGCAACACAUGCUCAUCCAUUCCUAUACAUCCCUCCUGGACCUACGUGUCUACCAUCUACCAACCGCCUUCUUAAAAUAUUCUAGUACACAUCUCUACAAUGCUGUCCCUCGCAUACCUCCCAACAGACAUCCUCUCGCUGCUCCCCCUCUAUAUUGACAACAUUGAAACAUUUAUCAGCGCCUCCAGCACCUGCCGCAGGCUCCGCUCGGUCUUCUCCAGCACCCUCCCACAGACAAUCUUCCAGCUAGCCGCCGCCUCUGCCCCGACAUUCUUUUCCCCGCACCCACACUUCCUCGUUAUGGCCGUGGCCCCGCAACUCCGCGACUGGGCCCUGGGUAGUGAGAAGAAUAGUAGCUGUCUCUGCGCGGCCUUUCAGGGCGGCAUCGAGGGCCUGUACGACUUCUGUGUGAGUGAUAAUAGCCUCAAGGCCAGGCUCACCCUGGACAGGAUUAGAAGGCUCUAUGAAGCCCGCUUCACUAUCCUCAACCCGUUCACGGAUAAAAUCGACAAAAUGGCCGGCAAGCAAUGGUACGAUACGAAGGACUUUUGGGACGGCGGUGUCAGUGAGCCUGCUACCGUCGACAUGGAGGCGCACCGCGCUGCGAUGCAGAUCAUCAUUUACGGCGAGCUGUUUGGGAGUAGCAUGCGACCAUUUCUGGAGCCAAGAGCUAGUAGGCAGGAAGGGCCGGAUUCGGAUUCGGAUUCGGAUCUGGAUUCACCUCUCCCAUAUUUUGACUUGCAAACUCGGCUCAACUAUAUCAAAUAUUGUGUCCCCGAAUGGGUAUGCCGGAGUUACCCGGGGUUUCAGAUAUUGCCUGUGGGCCCUUAUGCGCUGGAGAACAGGGACGAUUUGCCCGCGGAUCAGUACGCACUGCGACAUAUCUUGACGUGCCGACGGUGGCGGCGCAUGUGGGCAGAUGCAAUGGCUAUGGUAGGCCCGCUCUUUGCGGAGUGGGAUGCGGAGCGAGGCCCCUUUGAGAGGGCCCAAGCGGGUGGUGAAGUUGAAGGGGUGUGGAGAUUGAAAUUGUUCAGAGAUGCACUGCAGACAAUGGGGCUUGAGGGGAUGCAGCUGGUCACUCUGCCGCAGAAGAAAAUUGCUCCGGAGCUCUUAGAGAAAGCACGUAGGAUGCGAGAGCAGAUUGCGGCGUUGGAGGCGCCUCCUCCGGUGUAUAUUGUGGGCGAUCGUUUGAGGGCUAAGGUUUCGAAGGCACCUGAUCCGGCGCAGGAUGUUUAUGUUUGCAUGGCGCCGUAUUGGUUUGGGGUUGGUGCAAGGUCGGACGAGGGCAGUUAACCAGCAGGAAGCUCAGCUUUCAGGGGGGCGGGGGUCAUUAAUAGAAAGUAUACCUUGCAAUGACUGAUAAAACUUCUACUCCGCUCUAUGGUUGUCUAGCAUGAUUCACAUUUAUGUUGAUUACGGAAUUCCCUCUAAUAAUAGAAUUUUUCUUAUUAAGAGUGUUCAGUUACUCCUCACGAUGUUUCUGCUCGAUUACUAUUUCGAAAGAUUAAGGGUAUAAUAUCUUGACAAUGUCAAUAUAAAAUAUGGGGCUUUCGUCAAUAUGCCUCGCGUUUACACAUGGCUAUACAUAUUCCGGCGGGCAAACACGAGCUAAUUGGGUUGAACUGCAGAAUACAUGUGGAUAUUAUUAUCGGGCACUUCAUUACAAUAAAUAUAUACACA